AUGUCGGCAGCGCCACCAACAGCACUACGAAACGCUUAUAUCGAAAAGACAGCAACCAUCGAGCGGUCUUGCUUUAUCUGUAUGAAGAUGACGACAAAAGUGCUGACAGCCAAGGACGGAGGCGACUUUUUCUAUAUCUGCGCAACCCACCUCCAGGACCCAGGAUUCGCCAAAGGCGAAGGGUUCCCCCCCGUACCCACCGCAGAAGCCCUCGCCGCCGUCGCCGCCAUCCGCAAAAAGAAGGAAGAAGCCGAAAAAAAGAAAGCCGGCCCCACCACACCAGCAGCAACAACAACAGAGGAAGACAAACGCUCACACGCCGCAAAACUAGGAUCCGCCAUGUUUUCAGGACUGGGUUCGGUGGCGACCAAGGCUGUGGGUUCAGUAUCGGCGUUCAUUAAUGAUGAGGAGGCGACAAAGGCGAGGAUACAGGCUGCAGAAUUGGAGAGACGGCAGGAGGAGGCGAGGAAGAAACCGGCUUAUUGGGUAUUGCAUAGGGAUAUCUUUUAUUUGAGGCAGGUCGAGGCCAAAAAGAAGGUUGCCAAGAAGACUUUGGGUGGUAUUGCCUUCCCCAAGGUUCCUGCUGGCAUUUGA